GACAACAAAUGUAGUUUUACACUUUUACUGUUCUGUUGUCUGUUUCACUGUUCGCUGUUCCUUUCCUAAAUUCCAUUUUCUUCUGUACUUUUUUUAUUUCUUGUUUCGAUUUUAUGAAAAAAAUGGAAUUGAAGCAACAAUAAUAAAUAAUAUAAUGAAGCCUGAAUCGAACUCAGCAGCUUCUUCAUCUUCAUCUGCAUCUUCAUCAACAACACCAUCACCUUCUGGAAAGCGAGCUAGAGAUCCUGAAGAUGAGAUUUACCUCGACAACCUUCACUCUCACAAACGCUACCUCAGCGAGAUAAUGGCGUCCAGUUUGAAUGGAUUGACCGUUGGAGACCCACUUUCUGAUAAUCUCAUGGAAUCUCCAGCCAGGUCUGAAAGCAUGUUUUAUCCCAGGGAUGAGAUGUCCUUUCAAUAUUCACCAAUGUUAGAAGACUGGGAUGACUCUCGAUUUUGUGAGAACCCUAUAAAUACAUGCUCCUCCCAACCUGACAGCGUACCCACCAGUCCUGUCUCUCCAUACAGGUAUCAAAGACCACUUAAUGGGUUCUUUUCUUCACCUUCCACUAGUUCACACCCUUCACAUGGUUGUGCCAUGGCUCCUGUCACAAGCACACAGCCUCGCCAACGAGGCUCAGAUUCUGAGGGCCGGUUCCCAUCAUCACCUAGUGAUAUAUGCCACUCAGCUGACUUGAGGAGGGCUGCUCUCUUGCGGUCUGUGCAGAUGAGAACACAGUCUCCUGGCCCAUUAUCUUAUGAACUGCCAUUUGGUUCAGGACAAGACCCUGUACCUAAUAUAGAAGCUGAAGAGCGACCAUGCUCAUACAUGAAGUCUUUGGUUGAUGAGAGGGAGUAUCAAAUUGAGGAGUGUUCUUCAAUGGGACUGCCAGAGUCUGAGUUUAAUCAAGAUAGCUCCUGCGAAGUGGUGAAUAUGAAUGUUAAAGGGGGUGAUUCUGAGGAUUAGAUUCAUUAGGAAGUGCAUUAGGAAGACAAGCUCUAAUCUCAUCAUGGGCAUCUAUUUGCUCUGGGGUCACUGUUGUUUGUGUUAGUUAAAAGUGAGUAUUUCAGUGCAUGCCCCGAAAGGUCUCGGUUGGUUCUUGUCAAUUGGGAAAUAUGCAAGUUAAAGUCUCAUUAUUUUAUGCAAAUGAAAGGCCAUGAGUUAUAUAUCAGGCAGCUGACAAUUUCAUCCCCAAAAAAGACGAGAUUAUUCACUUUGGACAUAGCAUCCUUCUCUUGAUUCUUGGCAGCAACUCGAGCAUAGCUUAUGAUGUUGAUGCUGUAUGAUAGUGAUAUUUAUGAGUAUUGCUUGUCAUCAUAGAUUCCUUGCACUUGAUGCCUGUGAUCUUUCUGUGCCCCAUGAAUUGGGCUUUUCUACCCUUUAUUGUUCUUCAGCACAAUUAUACUCCUGUCCUUUCUCUUAA